AUGCCGUCCUUGCCCGUCCUCAUCGACACAACUACCGAGUUUGAUGUUUCAUCUCCUCAAAAUGUGACUCAGAAGCGCAGUCUGCUCCUAGCACCCCCUUCGAUCGCUGCCCACGAAGAGAAAUUGCGAGAUAUAUUCACGACAUUCGAUCGUUCCGUCACUGAUUUACAGAUGCUGGACCGCUUAUCAGCCGGAUUCGUCACACUCCCGGCAUCCACUUAUGACCUUGUCCUCGUUCUCACAGAUACCAAUGGCGCUCGGCGAAAUGAGGCACUUGAACUGUUGACGCGGGAUAUUUUUAAUAUCCUUACACCCUCUAUGAAGCCUUCGGCACAAUUGCAGUUGCAAGAUGGUCCGUUCCAAGCAAACGAGGGUCGCGAGGCGAUUUUGGCUGGUUUGGUUGAGAAGCAUGGCGCAUUCGAGAAACCUCAAUAUCAGGAAGCCGCUGUACCUCUUCGAUUUGGCGCCAAUAAAAGGAAGAAUAAGAUUUCUCCCGAGCCGGUUAAGAUCGAGAGUGUUGGAUUCGUGGAUAAUUAUGAUGAUGACGAAUUGAUUAACGAAGACGAUUUACUGGACGAGGAGGACUUGGGUAAACCUGUGCAGCAACCUGCUGAAUGUCAACCAGAGACCGCUAAAAAGCGACGACGGGCUUGUAAGGAUUGCACCUGUGGUCUUGCUGCUCAGCUAGAAGCAGAAGAUGCAGAGCGCCGCGAAAAGGCCAACGCAGACCUCAAUGUCCUCAAAUUGAAGACCGACGAACUCAACGAUGAAGUCGACUUUACGGUGCAAGGAAAGACUGGCUCCUGUAAUAGCUGUUCUCUAGGAGAUGCAUUCCGUUGUGCAAGCUGCCCGUUCAUCGGAUUGCCUGCCUUCAAACCCGGUGAGGAAGUUAGAAUCAUGAACGAUAUGGCCCAGCUUUGA